CCGCGGUCUUGGUGCCCGUCAGGGCGGAUGGAAGCGGCGGCGGCGGCAAACAAAGCAGCCGCCAUUUUGUAACGCCGGGCUUGGGGCGGCGGCUGCCGCGGCCCUGAGCGGAACCGGGCGGGGAGGCGGCGGGUUGCCGGGAGGAGCCCGUUCUCGGCCUGUUCCCCGCGGGGUGUGAGGCCAGGCGGGGUGGGGAGUGCCGCGGGGUCGGUGUGGCGGCCGCCCGUCCGCCAGUGGCAGCGCUGGUCCCUCAUGGCGCCCCGAGGAGCAGCUCCGGAGCGAGUCUCCGGGCAUUGCCCGCGGGGCUCGGCGGGAGAUGGCGCUGCCCACCCCGUUCGUGCGCGGAUCGCCCUGAUCCUAAUCCCGAUCCGGGAACAAUGGAGCCUCCCCCGCGCAGCGCCCUCUGCAGACCCCCCCGCGCUAAGCAGGAAAAGAAGCGCAGGGACCUCCCCCAACAAAUCUAAACAGUAAAACAAUGCAUCGUGACUCUUGUCCGCUGGACUGCAAGGUCUAUGUGGGUAACCUUGGAAACAAUGGCAACAAAACAGAAUUAGAGCGAGCUUUUGGCUACUAUGGACCACUGCGCAGUGUAUGGGUGGCGAGAAAUCCUCCUGGGUUUGCCUUUGUGGAGUUUGAAGAUCCCCGAGAUGCAGCUGAUGCAGUAAGAGAGCUAGAUGGAAGAACGCUGUGUGGCUGUCGUGUGCGGGUGGAGCUCUCCAACGGGGAGAAGCGGAGUCGGAACCGCGGCCCCCCUCCGUCGUGGGGCCGGCGCCCUCGGGAUGACUAUCGCAGGAGGAGUCCCCCUCCUCGGCGCAGAUCACCACGAAGGAGAAGCUUCUCCAGGAGCCGCAGCAGGUCCCUCUCCAGAGACAGAAGAAGAGAGAGGUCACUCUCACGGGAGAGGAACCACAAGCCCUCCCGCUCCUUCUCCAGGUCUCGCAGUCGCUCCAGGUCAAAUGAGAGGAAAUAGGACUGUGGGAAGGAGCUGUGUACAGGAAGUCAUGAGAUCCGAGGCCAGGAGUAUGUACAGAACAUUUUGUUUUGAGACUUCAUAAAGCUUGGUGCAUUUUUAAAAUGUUUUAGCUGUUGAACUUGCUUUGUUCCUUGUAUCUUGUAACAGGUGGCAAAUGUAAAGAUGUGAAUCUGUAUAUGGUUCUGAGCAGAUCCUAUGAUUUGUAAUAUUAAUGGUUUUCCAAUGUACCAUUAGACAUGGGAGGUGUGUGUGUGUGUGGAAUGGCAAAUGGUCUGUGUUGUGGGGCUGGGCUGGCCUGGGGGUGGCUGGGGCUCAGCUGGAGGAAGUGUGCAGGGAUGGCUCCUUGUGGGAUCAGGCCAGGAGCAGAGCAGGACACAGGUGCUCCAUAGCCCAUGUCUGGGAAGGAGAGUAGUGGGGCAGGGGGAGGGGGAGGGUUGGGGGCUGCAGCUUCAUCCAGCUCCAGUUCUGACUGAGCUGCUUUCUAUUCCAUGAAAUACAACUUUGUAGCUGUAGGGUCAGUUAAUUUUGUACUUGGUGUGAGUAGAGUCCUUAAUUAGGUGAUUGUUGAUUGACCACGUAUUCCAGAAGCUCUGAAUAGACCAAAUCCACAGCAGAACUGACACCUGGAGUGGAUGUGUUGUGUCUAAUGGUACAUUGUAAACAUUAGUUAUUAAACAUUUCUUUACUGUACAAGAAUUUUCAUGUCACUUGUAAAAUGUCUUUUGUGAGAUCCUUGGGAUUAAAGUUUUGGUUACAA